GUUAGUGGCUACGUACGUACACGUAAAUCGAGCACAAGUCCGUGCUUUCACCGAGCAGCCGGAACAGUAAGCGACGGAGUCGGCAACCGGAACUCGAACCGAAACCUUUCGUUUUUUUUUGGUGUGCUCUUAGGUUGUCCAAACAGUUGAACAAACAGAACAUUUUUUUAAUUUAAAGUGUUAUGUUUGUUUGUUAUGAGUGAACUUAAUGUCUCGUUUGGUUAGUGGCAAUGGAGACCCUUUUCUUACAAUUACUCCUCUCCCGCUUCCUUUCCCCUCCCUGAACCCAACCCACUACUACGCACAUUCACAGACUUACGCACAAAAAGCCAAAUGCGCAGCAAACUGCACUGCCGCUCCACGCCCCUUCCAAAAACGCCCACGCCUCUAAAGGAGAGAGAGAGAGCAGAAGGAGCAGAUACAGAGCGGGAUGCUGUGCGUAUGCGUGUUUUUGACACUUCCUUUGCUUAUGCAUUUAGGGAUACACACAAUGUGCGUGUGCAGUGAAAUUAAGUCAGAAGCCUUAAAUCAGCAGCUAACAAACUAAAAAAUAUAAAAACCUAAAUCCCAAGGAAAAAACCUCGAAAGUAAGAGACUGACGCAGUAAAAAGAACGCCAACGCUAGAGGGCGCCCUUGCUGGCGUAUGCGUGUGUUGGUGUGUGAAGGAAUUUCUUGAACGGCGAAAGCACUAGACGGAAGAGAGCACAAAAAGGAAAGCCCCGAGCAGGCAGGACGGCUAGUGUGCGGGCGAGAUGGACAGCUCACCGGAUCUGUCGCUGAAAUUGCGACGCGGUUCCAGCGAUUCGCGGGAUAACUUCUACAUGGACUUUGCCCAGGGCAUCGACUCCGAUAUCGAGGAGGUAGACAACACGGCGAACGCGGAAGCCGGGGAAGAACCGCCUCCGCCGCCGCCGCUGCCCACAGUCUCUCUGACCGAGGAGGUCUUGCUCCUGGUGGCGCCACCGCCCUCUUUACUGGGUCAACCACUGCCAACGCUGACAGAAACGGAUGAUAUUCCGCCCACGCCAACGCCCCCACCGCAGCAAAGGGACGAAGAGGCGGACGAGGAGGAGGUGCAGGAGGACGGGAAUCACGACGAAGGAGUCAGGGCGGCCCCUUCGCCACCUGGUUCACCCAUUAUUUCAGUCCUGGAACUGGAGUUAAUACCACCUCCCCCACUGUCGCCGUUGGAGGAUGCGGGCCUACGCACAGAUGACGAUGACGAGGGCGAGGAAACCGACGGAGCGGAGGAGGUGGUAGCAAUUCCGCCACCGCAAGAAAUGCAGGACACAGAAAGCAAUCCAGAGGAGGAGCAGCAGGAAGCAGCUCAGAAAGAAAAGCCCAAGGACGACAAUGACGAAGAGGAGGAGGACGACGACAAGUCCACGCCACCGCCCCCCUUACCUCCGCUCCCCUCUAACCUCUCCUAUGUCCAGGGUCACAAUCUCGGACAGGUCACUCCGCCCCUAACAAAGUCGCCAUCGAACUCGCCCUCGCCGCCCGUGACUCCACCACCCUGCCCGGAACUUAACAUCAGCCGCAUGGUCUCGCCACCUGCCCAGCACAUAAGCCAGAUCCCACCACUAACACCCUCCGACGAGAGCGAGGGUGAAGCUGAUUCCCAGCCGAAUUCGCCGCCACCCAGGUUGGAAGCGGAGCAACUACCACCCGAAAUAGAGCAAGCGGAUCCCGAACCCGUCAGCGGAGCUAGAGAGGACUACAGUCGCUCCCUCGACAACGAAGAUGAGUCCACCACCAUCACCACACCACCCAGCAACGGCUACUCCGCUUCCUCCAUCAUAGCUCCUCCCCCCGAGCACUUUGCGGAGCUGGAAGAGGACAGGGGCUUCAUUCCGCCACCGCCCUUGGAGGCAGAGCCCGACGAGAAGGGGGAGGAGGAGGAGGAAGAGGAAGAGGAGGAGGAGGAGGAGGAGCUGACCAAGGAGACGGAUGAGAUAUCCGUGGACAGGGAAUCGCUGCAGGAUCAGGGCGGCGAUAGCAUCAGUUCUCCGCGGCCCGCCAGUAUCUUGACGGGAUCUAUCUCAACAUCCGUGGGCGGCGGAGCAGGGGGCUCGCCGAAGCUUGACAGUCGCGGGCCGAGUCGCAGUGGUAGCCAACGGUCGCAGCUAAGAUCGGGGUCCGUGGCCGCCCAGGCAGCUGGCGUCCUCUCCCCGCAGGCCUCCCUCAAAUCGCAGACUUCCGUUCGCUCGCAGGGCCACACAUCCAUGCGCAGCCCGGCGGGAUCGAUCAAGUCCGGAUCGCAGCGGGUGCAAAGUCCGCCGGCCGGAGAGGGAGCUCCGGUAAUGCCCUCGCCCCCACUGAUGAGGAGUCCGCCACCGGAACAGGCCCGCCAGAUGCACAGUCCGCCCAGGAUCACGACGCCUCCGAGGGUCUGCAGUCCGCCGCUGGUCAGCAGUCCACCCAAACUGGCCGAGUCUGCGGCUGCUGCCGUGGGAGUGGCCUCUGGCGUCAAGGAGCAGCUCAGCUGCACCGCCGAUACGCCGGAGCCACCGAAGCCGGAGCCUCUGAAACCGCCAAUAGCCACAGUAUGCUACCAGGAUGAGCAGAAGCCCCCUGCGGUGGUCACUAGCCAGCCAAGGUCGCACUUCACGAGCAGCCACCACCACUACCACUUGCCCCACCAGUUCCAGCAUCCUCACCACCAAAACCACCACACCCACAGCGUGCGGGUGCCCACGCCCACUGUGCCCAGCAGUUAUGCCCCGCCCCCCGACAGCGGGAGUAGCAGUUCGCCCAUGGACCGUCGCCGGCUCUUUAUGGCAGCACCUCCCUCGGCCACCGCCGGAGGCUCCCUAAUGGCCACGCCCGCCGAGCCAGCGGUGGCUGUAUCCCCGGGUCGAUUCUCAGCCCGCUCGGGAUCGCAGCACCACGUGACCAUCGACGAGUCCAGUCUGCCCAGCCACAAGGGCAACAUCCAGGAGACACCGGGGCCCAGUGGUCUAAUCAUUGGCGGCGGAGAUGGCGACGGCGAUCGAGAUGUUGGAGGGGGCGGACCUGACAGCUCGGAUCCACCUUCCUCGCCCGGAGGCAGCAGCUCCCAGCCGGCCCUCAGCGGAAGUCAGGCGGAUGGACAGCUCGCGCUGAUGUACCACUCGCACCAGCUGACCAACUAUCCGGUGCUGCCCGCCAUCAAGCGUACUCACCGGCCAUCCUUUGUUUACCCGCCGAUGCCGAGAGUUAAGGCCGGCGAUGCACUGGCCACUCUCUUCUCCGCACUCUACGGAAAACUGUUGGUCGUGAUGGGUAUAGCAUUUCCUAUGGCAGAGGUUAUAUCAACCUACAUCCCACCCUCUUUCUACGAGGUGUACUAUUUGUACUUGUACAUCGGCAGCAUGAUAUUCCUGCUCUUUAUGUACGCCACUUUGCUGUGGGGACGUCCCAAAUUGCCAGUUCCAAUUGCCACUUCCCCGAACAAGUCGACGACGAAGGCGAGUGGAACAGACAGCAUGGACGAAUCCGAUACGGAUAGUAACUCCGUGCACCACCGACUUCCUCCUGCCAUUCCCGUGCGGCGGCCAUCACUCCUCUCGCCCCUUGGAAGGCGAGAUGCCCACUACGGCAGCUUUUAUUUGCGCAUGGGCGCCGUCGCCUUCGGAAUUGGCAGCAUGAUAUACUCUGGUCUGGAGUUUGGACAGUAUUUUGAACUUAAUCCGGACACCAAGUGCCACAACGUUCUGCUGGCCCUGACGCCGGCUACCCGGAUGGCCUUCAUCUUCAUCCAAAUGUACUUCAUCUUUCUGAACAACGAACAGAUUAAGGUGUAUCGGUAUAAGAUCAUUGCUCGCUUCGGCCUGAUGCACAUGAUUGGGACGAAUCUGGCCGUUUGGCUUAAUGUCCUCAUCCAGGAGACGAAGCACGAGAUAUUGACGUUCUACAAUCCGGAGAAUCGUACCCUGAGGAUUUCGCACAGGAUACCGGGGCACUCCAGGGGGCAUGCCAUAAUUCAGCACGAUUCGUCGGCCCAUUUGCGGGUUGCGAGGGGCCUCAAAGGGCCGUACCAGAUCUUCGAGUGCCGGCGAACCAAUAUCAUUGGAACACUGGUGCAGGAUGCCUCGCCGUUUUUGUUUCCGUGCACCAUUGAGUAUUCGCUGAUUUGUGCGGCUAUAUUGUACGUGAUGUGGAGAAGCAUCUCACGGCCACAGACCCCUACGCCUCAGCGCCCGGAUAUGAUAAGUUCGCCGAUGAAGCGAUCUCCGCACCACUACUCCGUGGACUGUGCCAGGGCCCACAAGGGCCUAUUCGUGGGUAUUCUCAUUCUGGUGCUGACUAUCAUAUCGCUGAUCAUCUUCUUUGUGCUGAUCUCACGGCCCGAGUUCGUUGCCCUAGCCGUUACGGAGGUGACCAUUUGUGAACUGCUUAUUUACGGAACGGCCACGAUAGCUACUUUGGUCGGGAUGAUUCAGAUCCGACAUCUGCAGUACGAUGCCUACAGAAGUUUCUCGCUGGAUGACAUACUCCUGGUAGGCGCGCAGACGGGCUCCUUUCUGUACAACAUAUUUACAGUCAUAGCCGGGCACUUUACUUUGCGAAGCGACGAUAUGUUGGUGCCCAUUAAUGCCCUGGCCUCUAUCGUGCAGACCGCCUGCCAGACAAUGUUUAUUUUGGACGCAAGUCGCCGGCAGGCUGUCAGCCCAGAGCACUUGCGCAAGAAGCCGGGCCGUGAGAUCGUCACAUUCAUGCUAGUUGUGAACCUGGCCAUGUGGGCCAUCAGUACGCUUGAGAAGUCCCGCGCAGAGUCACAUCCCAUACAGCUGAACUUCUACGGCUUGUGGGCCUGGACGAUCAUCACGCACGUGUCGAUGCCCCUGGCCAUAUUCUACAGGUUCCACUCGACGGUGUGCCUGUGCGAGAUCUGGAAGAGGGCCUACAAGCUUAAGCCCACGUACAUGUGAGAAUUCGCCCGCUCGCGCAUCCAGAGCAUUGCGCAGCAGCAGCAAUUCUGCGAGGAUCUCAAGACAAACCUGUCCUACUGCUACUGCUCCACUACGCUGGCUGGCGGCGAGCUGGAGACCGUCGAGGAGGUGGAGAGCGGGGAAAGUAAUUCGGCGGAGGAGGGAGGAGCACCUGCCGGAGGAUCAGCAGGUUCGGCAGGAUCAGGGGGAGCAGGAGAAGCAGCAGGAGCAGCAGCAGGAGCAGAGGGACCACAGGGCGGCGAUGGCAGCUGUGGACUGAGGGCCCCACCCCGGGCGCUGUCGCCGCAGUCCCUCAACACGGAAAAGGCCUUCUGUCCGGUUUACGUGAUCAACGGCGAAUGAGUUUACGCGCACUUUGAGUUCAUCGACGCGAUCAGCGGCCAUGAGCUCAGCUUUGUCUAGGAUUUGCAUCCGCUCGGCUCCACCAUACCAAUCAACCCACCAACGAAACCGAAACCAGAGAACUGGGAACCCAUCUUCGAGAACCACCAAAGCCAAACCUAAACCCAAUGGGAUGCAAGCGUCGAAAGCCCAAAGCAUAUCGUAGAAAGGAAACAUUAGAAAGAAAAGAUAAAUCAAAGGGCCCCAAGUAGGACAGAAGCUUAGAAAAUCAAUUGGUUUACCCCAAAACCCAAUGCAAAGAUAAUUCAUUGAUAAAAUCCCAAGCAAUUAGGGCGUAUAGGCAAAAUAUUUUGAAGCAAUUGUCACUAAUGCGUAUACGCAAUAUAUUGAAUUGUUUGAGCUAAACGUGGACCUACUACCAGAAAGUAUUUAGCUUGACAACAGCCCAAAUAUCACAUUGAGUGAAACAUCUUUGUUAGUAUAAAUCGAAAGACACGAUUUGCAGGUAACUUUCCUGUGGUAGCAGGUGAGCGAUUUGAGAAUAUUGUAGGCGAAACACAUAACCGUAGAUGAAUACAUGUUUACCCCCCAAAAACACAAUUUUGAAAAUUUAAGAAUCCCAGUUUGAUAAAUGUUGAAAAAGUCACAAUCAAAAAACUAGACAUUUUAUACAUUUAUAAAUAGUUUCUGACUGAGAAUCAGCAGAACAGGUUGUGAACCAACCGCACUACGACGUAUACCGCUGAACUAACGAUCAACCCAGUUCUAUCAAUGUUAUUUUAAAGGAUAAUUUAUCGGCGUUCCAAAACGUUUUGGAUGUAUUUCAGAAAUGAAAAAUGUGAAAAAACGGAAAGGAGUUUUGAAAAAGCAGAAUAAUACGGAUAGGAGAAGUCAUUAACCCCACCAGAAAUCGAGGAAUCGUAAAAGUUAUUAGACAACACUGUCCUACAAAGUAGACGGUUUACACAGCCUAGCACCUAAGGAUUUAUACUCACAUGCAUAUGUAGAUGUUCAACCCAAACUGCAAAAGCCUCUUUUAAGCCCCAACCGUGAUUAGCAUAUGAUUUACAAUUUGUUAACUUGAAUCCGAAAAAAAUACAUGUCGAGCUCUUGUUAGGAACCUUGUUUUGCCCAAAUAGGUUUUAUGUGAUACGAUUGUGCUUGCUGCAGAUCCAGUAAUCCCCAACAAACCCCAUUUUAGUAUUAUGAAAGCUCAAAAAUUGUAGAAGGACAAAUCAAGAGAUUGCUAAAAAUUUCAAUGAAAUAACUUACUAUAAGACGCACAAAUCUAUUUAAGGAGGUAUACAUAUGUCUGUGUUUUUUUUGUCUACCAUAAUGGUAUAAGAUAUCUAGGAUAUAGAUCCCACUUACAUAUACGAUGCGAUAUUUAUAUUUUCAAUGCCAAAGAGUUCUUUAUAUUGCCUACGUUGUAAUCGCUUUCUUGUUGAGUUCGAGUUUUUGAAAUCUACUGACUAAUUCAUUGUAUAUUCAAAGUUAUGAAUGCCAAAAUCGAAAUCAAAACCAAAAAGACAAACAAAAAUCUUAAGAAAAACAUAUAUAUAUAUAUAUAUAUAUUAAAUUAGUUAUUUCAAUUUUAUAAUCGUACUCAAUUUUUAAGUAGAAUUAACUGUAACUUUGUAUCCAUUUUCUUACAUGUAUUUAUUGUACGCCGACUCGAAUAAUUUUUCGAAAAAUCGCAUAUUCAGCGAAAAAUCAAAAUUGAAAACUGUAAUGUAUUUACAGUCGAUUAUAUUAGAAUUUAUUGAUACUAAGUAGAUAUGAUGAGAGAUCGAACUUAUUAUAGAAUCUCCUAUUCCACGUAGUAUCGAAACCAAAACUGAAACCAACAAGAAGACAUUUUAUGCAAAAUUAAUAAAAACUAAAAGAAAAACAAAAAAACAAGUGAAAUAAUCAAGUUAUACCCGACAACCACUAUUUGUUCUUAUUAUUUAAAAAGGAAAAUCAAAUGAAAUGUAAUUAUACUAAUUGUAGGACUCACUUUAAGUUUUAACUUUAACGAGUACUUGCUAUUAUUGUAAGACUAUUCCUACUCGUUUCUAUAACUAUUUCUCAAUGCUUCUUAACAUGGUUUUCAAAAUAUAUGCUGCUCCUAGUAUAUCUAUAUGUUUUUGAAAUGAAUAACUUCUUUUCAAUUUUACUUCAUUCUUUCGAAAAUUAAUAAAAUAAAUGUUUCUUGUUGUUGGCUUUUGCAUUAUUGUAAAAGGUUUCAUUUUUUUUUGGAAGAUUGCAACCCUGUAUUCUGAAUUAAGUUAGCAUUAGUAUUCCCUAGGAAUAUUUGGAAUGAAUAGUAAGAAUUUCAAUUUUAAUAUUGCCCAAGUCUUUUACUGUCUUGUUACUACUUUUAAUAGAACUUUACGUAUCUCAGAAAUAACUUCUGAUUCCUAUGUAUGGAACAGCUUUCUAGCAAUUUCUAAAUAUUUCCCUUAAUACUCAACCAAUACAACUUGACUAAGCCUAGGAAAAGCAAUUUGUAUUAAGUGUUACAAGUAUUUAUAUGUGUUUACAAUAAUGGCUAUGAAAAUAAAGUUAGAACACAACAUUAAACUAGUCGUGAAUGUUCUGUGUUCUCCGAAAUAAAUACACCACCCCUGUACACCCGAAUGAAAACUAUAUUGUCCAUAAAAGAGCAGUAAAUAUGCAAUAAAUAUGAAUAAUAAAUUGAAACGUAUUUCGAUUACUAUGGAAAAA